AUGGCAGACGGAUCGGCGCUGGCCUAUGGCCUGGGCUUCGUCUUUGCGGCGCUGUCGGGCGUAGCCAUCGCCGUCCAGAGCGGCAUCAACGCGACGCUGGGCUCCCACGGCGGCCAGGCCUUCGCGGCCGCACAGAGCUUUCUCGUGGGCUUUGCGUGCUGCCUCAUCUUCUUCGGCUUCGACAUCAAGUUCCGCGGCACGCCGCUGCCCACACUGCCAGCGCUCAAAGGCGCCCCUGCCUGGGCUUGGCUCGGCGGCCCCCUCGGUGCCUUCUUCAUUAUCGCCAUCAUCGUCUUCGCGCCCCGCCUCGGCGCCGGCAACUUCCUGGCCGUCUUUGUGUGCACGCAGCUCACCACAGCAGUCACCCUGGACUUGAUCGGCGCGGUGGGUUACGUGCAGCGCACAUUCAGCUGGCAGCGGUGGGUGGGCGUGGCGCUGAUGGCGGCCGGCGUGGCGCUGAUCACGCUCUUCCCUGGAGAGCUCGCGGCAAAGGCGCCGGCGGGGGCCGCGGCGCCGGUCGGGCGGUCGCUGACUCACCUGUACGUGCGCGGGGCCGACGGGACGGCGGCGGGCGCGGCGGCGGCGCGCACGGCGGGGGCGCUCGCGAUGGCGGCGCGGCCUGGGCCACGGCCCGCCCAGGGUGUCUGA